AUGCUACCAACUGGAGCUAAAGAGGCACAAUUACGCGAGACCAACAGUCAGAAAGUCCACCCUCAACCCAUGGAAGAAGCCAUGAACCAGAAUCCAGAAGCCGUUGAAACCCUAGUAUCUAAAAUUUUCACUAAUAUCUCUACACUGAAAUCAGCUUAUAUUCAGUUGCAAGCUGCUCAUACUCCCUAUGACCCCGAUAAAAUCCACACUGCUGAUAAACUUGUUAUUAGUGAGCUGAAAAAUCUAUCUGAACUCAAGCAUUUCUACAGGGAAAACAACCCAAAGCCAGUGUGUGUUUCUCCCCAAGACUCACGUUUAGCUGCAGAAAUUCAAGAGCAACAGAGCCUGCUAAAAACGUAUGAGGUCAUGGUUAAGAAAUUUCAGUCUGAAAUCCAGAAUAAAGAUUCAGAGAUCCAUCAACUUGAAAAGCAGAUUGAGGAGGCUAGUCAGAAGCGAGCAAAACUAGAAAAGAAUUUAAAGCUUAGAGGUUUGUCAACUAAAGAAUCAGAAGAUGGAAAUGGAUUUUUCCCUGUUGAUCUAACUCCGGACCUCUUUACCUCUUCUGUGGAAGCAGCUGCGAAAGCAAUUCAUGAUUUUUCUAAACCUUUGAUCAACAUGAUGAAAGCAGCUGGGUGGGACCUUGAUGCUGCUGCCAAUUCAAUUGAACCGAACGUUGUUUAUGCAAAGAGAGCUCAUAAGAAAUAUGCAUUCGAGUCUUACAUAUGUCAAAGAAUGUUUGGUGGCUUCGAGCAAGAAAGCUUCUCUAUCAAAUCAGACAAUAUUACAAUCAAUAAAGAGAGCUUCUUCCACCAAUUUCUUGCGUUAAGGGAGAUCGAUCCUUUGGACAUGCUAGGGCAAAAUCCAGAUUCUGUUUUUGGGAAGUUUUGCAGCAGCAAGUACCUAGCAGUAGUUCAUCCAAAGAUGGAAGCAUCCUUCUUCGGAAACCUAGAUCAGCGAAAUUACGUGAUGGGUGGAGGGCAUCCAAGAACUCCUUUUUACCAAGCUUUUCUAAAACUAGCAAAGUCAAUUUGGCUUUUACACAAAUUGGCUUAUUCUUUCGAGCCAAAUGUCAAAGUAUUUCAGGUUAAAGGAGGGAGCGAGUUCUCCGAUGUUUACAUGGAAAGUGUUGUCAAUAAUCUGAUAAUGAAUGAAAAUGACGAAAAGCCGAAAGUCGGAUUGAUGGUCAUGCCAGGAUUCUGGAUUGGGGGAAGUGUGAUUCAGAGUAAAGUUUAUCUCACUGGUAUGAAGGUAGCUGAAUGA